CGCUCUUUCCUAUAGAUGGUAGCAUGUUCAAGUCCAAGUCCUUCGAUUUGGUCAACGAGGAGAAGACAAAGAAGCCGGAACGACUGUAUCAGCCACGUCGAAUGCGAUGGCUAAAAUACAUCAUACUGCCAGCCGUUUUCGCAUUUGUUCUUCUGUUAAUUCUGGUCAAUGUGGAUUUCUCCGACAACGGUGAGGAAGUGGCCAUCAAUUCAACGGUCCUAGGGUUGCACUUGGACAGGGAGUACUCCUGGGAGUUGGAUACAGGCUUUGAUGUGACAACCGAAGCAAUCAUUAAUGGCAGGGAUAAUUCUACUCAACAAAUUUCAAUGGCCAAAGAUCCAGGUUUGGCGGGUGUCACAACAACACCAGCGGAAUUAUCACCACCUUCAAUUUCCACAACAAGUACUGAAUCGACGACGACUAGUACACUUUCUACUAGUACUUAUUCUACUAGUACACUUUUUACUAGUUCAAUUUCUAGUUCAUCUUUAACUACUAGCGGAAUAUCUUCACCAAUAACUUUUCCAACUCCAACAACAUCCACGACAACCCAGUCACCGAAUUGCGACGAAGGACAGUGCCAGGAAUAUGCGUGUACGGUUCCCCAGGAUGAAAGUACAACGAUAUCACUGCCCUACGAGAUGAUUCUGAAGUUUAAGGAUCUAAAAAGCAAUACGGUUGAGGUCGCUAUGAGCGAUUGUGAGUCCCCCCAGAUGAGGGUAAUCUACUUCACCGACGACUCAUCAAUCGGAUCCCUAGAUCAAGAGAGUCUGGAAGUAAUGUUGAGUAAUAUAACAGUUGGUUUGAACUGCGGAACACCCCAUAUUUACUGUGUUAUGCUGGGCGGGAAAGUAUCCGAUACGCCGGAGUGUCUUCCCCACAGGACAAUGAUAUGUGAGGUGUAUUCUUUGCAAACAGAAUCCUGGUUCGAUGCUAACGGCGGUCUGGUAAUUGGAUUGGGAGUGGUGGUUAUUUUGAUAAGCAGCCUCCUCGGAAUGCUGAUAUUUUACGGCACCCUCCGGUGGAAACCCUCCCUAUUGAGAAGAACUAAGCUCCAGAAUGGUCCUUCACGAGAUUCGAAUACUGUGGUUCUUAUUCCCCAGGAAUCUGAAAAGAACCAGUACGGCAUUGCGAGAUCCCCGAUUUCAACGCUGGAUAAUAACGAAUACAUAGUCGCUUAUCAUCGAUAUCUCGAACGGGCGAAUCUCCAGCAAAUGGAGUCAAAUAAAUACAUAACUCCGCCCAGGGAAAGGGCUCCAUCCGUACCGCCGUCUUGUGACAGUUCCUCCCAUCUUCCGCUCCCACUUCCGCUUCCGGCCAGGAACGUGUACGAGAGUCUCGAUCUUUACGAGGAACUGCCAUAGAGCCAUUAGUUUCGAAUACAUAAAUAAAUAAAUCUGUUGCGGCGUGAAGAUUCGGAAUGUUA